AUGAAUAUCGCACUAGAAAAUAAACCAGUUAUUAAAAAUACAAUUGGUAUUGUACUGGCGGACGACUCGUCGAUUCCUAAGUAUCUAAAAACUGUUUACGAUAAAAGUGUACACGUAUGUAAAUUUAUCAUUUAAAAUUACAUUAUACCUGUAUACCUAAAUGUGUAUACAUUUUUUGAAACUCAGAAAACCCAAUAAUUUCGAAGGUAUUAUUCUGCGAGUAAUUAAAUAUUCUCAAAUACUGUUGGGUUUUUUUUUUUUUUAAUACUUAAUAAACAAAUUAAACUUUGAAAAAAAAAUUAACUAUUUAUUGACAAUAGUGUUACGAAAAGUGAAUAUUUAAUACCUAGGUACGUAAAAACUAAUAAUACAUUUCAGAAAAACUUUUAAAAUUAAUCGCCGCUUCCUUAUUAAAUAUUCGUUCCUAAAGAGUAAACAAGUAAAAGUUUUUAAUCAGGUUUAAUAAUUACUUUUGGUGUUGGACUUUCUUUACGAGUUUAUCAUCGUGUACUAUUGCAAAGUCUACCUCCCUUGAUUUACUCGGUUGGCACCUUCCAGUCUACCGAAAACUUGUGAUUUUUUCUCGUGAAAAAUCAUUAUUUUUAACAGUCAAUGGUAACCGAGUAGACGGCUCAAAGUGCAUAAAUUUGGAAAGAAAUUCGCAUUAUAAUGAGUGUUCAUUUUACUAAAAUGAAAUUAUUUAUAUUAUUAUCGCAAACGAUUAUAAAUAAAUCUCUCAUUAAAUCCGUCGUAAUUAUAUUAUUUAUCACAAAUGUAACAUUCUUCUGUCCAUCCCUUUUCCCCGUUGCGCAUUUUAUAUUGUAUAAUAUGUCUAUAUAUCUGAUUUAAUUUCUGCACCGAAACGAAAUAUACCGUCCCAAAUAUUGCAGUUCGUAAUUUUUAAUACAAAAUAAUUUUAAAAGACAGCUAUCAAAAAUAUAGUACAUUUGUAUGUGAUUAGUAAUAACAUACAAAUCUGAAUAAUCAUAAUGUACAAUAUAAAUUAUAUUAUUCAUGCCCUGUGUGCAAUGACCUUAAAUUUUGGGAAAUUGAAAAAUAUUGAAUACAACUAAUGCAAUAUAUUCCCUCCGGAAAGACAAAAAUGCAUUAAGUAAUUGAUCAAAAAUGACUGUGUGGCCCAAAUUUCCCUAAAAAUGCAAAAUAAAAUUAGUACCAUCAGCUCCUCCACGAAACAUGUUUCUAUAUAUAUAUAUGAGUAACGUAAUUAAAACAAAAGAAAAAAAAGAAAAUGCAACGAUUUCCGGGCCCUAGUUAUUACACACACUUUAUGUUACGUUUCUUCAACAGACUCUGGACGAGAACGAUUGGGACAUACUAUACACCGAAAUGACCCAGUACACUAAUACCAAACCAGAAGACGUAAACGAAAAUACACUUUAUCAAGAUAUUACUAUUAAUCACAAGACGAUGAUGUGCCAUACGGCCUGUAAAAUGUGUUGAAAUUUAAACUAAUGCAUUUGAAAACUUAAAUAAUAUUACAUGAUAUAAUCUGCUCGUUGUCUUUUAUAUAUAAUAUAUAAUAUAUAAUAUAAUACGAAAACACAACGUUAUUUAAUUCCAAAACUACAGGGGGAAAGAACAUAAUUUUUGCAUUUUUGUAUUUAUAAUUUUUAUUAACGGUUAUUUUAUGAUAACUAAAGUUGAUCAAAAAUAAAAAAAGAGCCUAUACUAAAGACUGUUGUAUCACUGUUGUAAGUGAGAAGUUUAAAAGGUAGAACACACAUAGUAUAUACAUUAUAUAUACACACAUUAUAGAUACAGUUGAGCCGACGACGGUAGAUGAUAGUAAAAUAAUUGCAGGGCCCUCACACAUAGACAGUGUAGACAUUGUCGCAAACGACGAUGCGCGCGACGAGUGUCCAGAUACGCUUAUAAUUUUAAUAGCCCGAUCAGAAACAAUAAUUUCUGUUCCUACAGCAGCGACUGACGUAAACAACAAAAAUAUUUUAAUAAGAAAAGAGGAGCAAAUAAGAUAUGAGAGUAGGUUAAGUUCAAUAUGGCCAGGGCCUUGUCGGAUGUCAGCAGUAGUAGAUAAAGAGAUUAUAAUGGUACAACAGGGCAGGCGACGCCUUAACAUUUAUAAAGAUAAUACAAAUAAUUAUUCCAAAAAUUAUAUUAAAAAAAAAAAAAAGUAAUCCCACUAAGUAGCUCGGAGCAACCAAUUCAACGGAGUAUCUAUUCACCUUUUUUGUAAACGGGGAGGAAUAUAUAUAUAUAUAUUUGUGUGAAUAUAUAAAUAUAUAUCAUUAAUUUUAUUAUUUUAGAUGGAAAAAAUUACUAGUCACAGGGAAGGAAGUAGGUAUUAUGGCAUAAAGGGAUCGGAUGUUGAUAAAGAUCACGUCGGCAUGUCUUAA